AUGCUGUCUUCAGCGCGUACGUUUUCCAAACAGGUGCUCAGCCACCGCACACAAAUCCAGCACCAAACCAAAAGCCAACUACGCAACCAACAGCACCCCUCACGACCCAAAGACCAGCAGCAGUCCAUCUGCCACGACGACGACCUCACCGCAGCCACAACCGCAGCCGCAGCCGCAACCACAAAGCACCAAGUCUUGGAGAAGAUGCGGCUGGAAAACCGCGAGCGCAAAAAACGCUGGCGCCAAGUCAACGAAGAGCGCAACAAGGACAACGAUCUCCGGUGUCGCGUCACCAAACGCGCCAACCAGCUAUACGGCGCCCAGGCCUCGGAGGCUAAGGAGAAAUGGAUUGGGGAGGAGUUUGAUCGCAGACAACAGCGGCGGAAGGAGAAGGAGGUGCGGAAGAGACCGUCGUCGCCCGAGGGGCUUAUGGUUGCAGGCGAGAAGAGAAUGAAGUGCGAUGGGCGCGUGGAUGGCAUUUUGGGCGCUGUGUCGCUGGGCGGAUUUGCUGGGCGCCCCUUAUCCGACAAUUUCUUUACAACGCAGGUGCGGAAUAGCAGUCCCCCUGAUCACCAUUACUUUUAUAUGCCGCCCAUGCAGUCAGUGCAGCCAAUGCAGCAGCGGCAUCUGCGUCCCUGGGAGGACGACGACACGGACCAUCCUGUGCUGAGCCGCUCUUCGACGUUGGUGCUGCCGCCGCUGACGACCGGAUCGUCUGCGUCGCCGCGCUGCAUCGACGACUACGAGAUGAACGGGCUGUCAGAAGCUGCCUUUUCGCUGAUGACGCUGUCGUCGGCUGCUAACUCUGCGGGUGCCGGUAGCAGCAGCCAUAGUAGCAGCAGUGCCUCGCUCCCUUUGGGCCACUAUUGA